AUGAAGUGCACAUGCUCGGCUGUCGUGGCAGCAGCUCUUUUGGUGGGCUCUGUUUCUGCGCAGACAUUCAGGAGACUUGGUGCUUGCCCGACACUUGGCUGCGUGUUCCCACCUGACCAGGCUGACUUCCUCGCUGGCCAAUUUUUCGACAUUCGACUUGAGGUGCACCAGCCGAUCAAUGGCUCCGAGGCCAUUGGACUACCUCUAGAUGAGCAGUUCACUUUUACUGUCGGAAAGAAGGGUGAAGAAGCAGUAUCUGUGACCGAGUUUUUCAAGCUCGAGGAGCCGAAACUAGAGAAAUGGAACUUCACCUAUUUUGAAGACUUGUUCGCCCGCGAUGCCAAAAAGCCUGCCCUAGUCAAUGUAGCCUCCAAGGCAUACCGUCGCAUUGCUUUAUAUGAGCCAGGAGAAUACACGGCUACAUUGCACUACAACAAUGGGAGCAAAACUGAAGCUACAUGGACUGUACGCGACCUGGCUGAGGAACGCAAGACUAAAAACAUCAUUCUAUUCAUCGGAGACGGAAUGACCGUGCCAAUGAUUACGGCAGCGAGGUUAAUUGCCCAUAAAUCCAUCAAUGGGAAGUAUCAAUCCACAAUGGCGAUGGACAAGUUCCCUAUCCACGGAAUGUCCAUGACCCAUUCUUUGGACUCCUUCAUCACAGACUCUGCCAAUUCUGCAGCCGCAUUAAACACUGGGCAUAAGAGCUCUGUCAACGCCCUCAAUGUAUACGCUGACAGCUCUAAAUCCGGCUUUGACGAUCCGAAGGUUGAGUCAAUUGCGGAGAUCUUCCAUCGUUUGACCGGUGGACAUAUCGGUAUUGUCUCUACUGCAUUUAUUGCCGAUGCUACACCUGCUGCCUUAGUUGCUCAUACUCGGUUGCGAAACCAGUAUGGAGCCAUUGUUGACACAUUCCUCAAUGGAGUACAGAACUACACGUGGACGAAGGCCCCGAUCGAUGUGAUCUUCGGAGGUGGAGGCGAACAGUUCUAUCCUUCUGAACUUGGAGGAGUCACCUACCAGGACAAGAAUUACUACGAUGAAUUUGCCGCCCAGGGCUAUCAAGUCGUCCACAACCGCACUAGUCUCCUGGCGGCUUCGCCCAAAGAGAAGACUCUAGGCAUCUUCACAACGUCUAACAUGGCCAAGUGGCUUGAUCGUACAGUAUAUCGCGAUAACCUGAACCAAUCGCUUUCGCCCACUGGGGACAAGAAGCCCGCUCUCGACCAACCCGGACUGAAGGAGAUGACCCUCAAAGCCAUCGAUAUUUUGGAAAGCCGCUCUAGCGACAAAGGCUGGUUUCUCAUGUCUGAGGCUGCAAGCAUAGAUAAGAUGAUGCAUGCCUUAGAUUCGAGGAGAGCGCUUGGGGAGCUCCUCGAGCUUGACGACACCAUCAAGGCAACCAUUGAACACCUAAACUCCACCAACUGCCUCAAAGAUACUCUAAUCAUAGUCACCGCCGACCACGGUCACGGCUUCGAUGUUAUGGGAUCUGUUGAUACGCUUUACCUUGAUGCGCAGGAAAAUGAUCGCAAAAGGCGCGAUGCAAUUGGUGUCUACGAGCAAUCCGGCCUCUCUCAAUACACCAACACUGGAAACUUGACCUACUCUGAUUCGUAUUUCCCCAGCAACUGGGACCCUCGCUACACGUUCUUCCAGGGUUUUACAGCUGCCCCGGAUCGUCAUGAGAACUAUAGGGUGACCAAGGACGGCCCUAGAAAGCCUGCGAUUGAGCUGGAAAAGGGGAGCGGCGAUUUCUACGCCAAUCCCAAGGAUGGUAAGGGCGGUAUCUUGGUCAAUGGCACAUUGCCUGUAGAGAACGACCAGGGCGUUCAUUCGUUGACCGACGUACCCGUUUACGCAAUGGGCCCUUGCCAGGAUCUUUUCCAGGGAACCUACAGCAACAUUGAGAUAUUCUACAAAAUGGCGGAGUGCUUGGGUCUUGGGCGUGGGGAGCCAUCUGAGGAGAAGUAG